AUGUGCAUGUAUGCUGGAUUGCAGGUGCAUACUGAUGAUACAAUCACUGCUGGACGGCUUGCAGUGCAAACAUUCUCAUCUUUAAUCAAAUCGAACAAAGAUGCAGAAGUACCGAAGAACUGGAACUUUCCCAAAAACCAUUUAUAUGUCCAUCUCUUUGAUGACAUUGUUGCAAAAGGUGUCACUCGCAAUUAUAAUACAAAACCAAGCGAGCAAAUGCACCACGGAAUCCAGAAAACAUACUUUACAACCAACUUCAAGGAUAUUGCUCCACAGAUCCUUGGAAAGAUUCAUUGCGUGUUGGUGGCAGAAUACAUGUGGCAAGAUAUCAAUGAGUAUGAUGAAGAGCUUGCAGCAGCAGCUACAGAGCUGGCAGAGGACAAUGCUACUCAUGAAGAAGAUCGUACACCUCACACUCAAACAAGUUACCAAACUCCACAUCUCUCACUUACUGUUGCCCAGCCUCCAAUUUCAUUCAAGGAGCUUGCAAUAAUGCACAUCAAUGAUUCAGCACCGAAACUCUUCCAUCAAUUCCACACUCACCUCGCCGACUUUCUUUUGCAAAGGUUACCUAUUGAGGACCUUCCAAAUGGGAGAUACCUUAGGUUGAGUCCAAAUGACAAGGUAAAGAACAAGUCUAUCACAUCUGUUUAA